AUGAAGAACGAGAUCCUCGACGCGGUAAAUGAGCCUUCGGCGACUUCAACCCGCGACAACCCACCUUCCGUGAGCUCUCCGAGCGAGGCGUACGCGAACAUGACGCUCGACGGCGACGACGUAGACCGCAAUCGCUCCUCUGAGCAGCGUCUGCACCCCCGGGCUUCUUCUCCAGCAAAACGGUUGCAUUCAGACAUGGACGACAAUAGCAUGGACAUUGACGGGGCCGCACCCGCCCGAAGAGGCAGCGGCCAGUCGAGCCCGCUAGCCGCGAAACCCCCACCGGAACCCUCAGCUCGCAGCCUGCGAUCGACGUCCGUAGAAAUGGCCGACAUCACCUCCAACGGCGCCAGCGCGGCCAGUUCCGACUCGACGUUAGGCUCGAACGCGGACUCGGCAGCCACCAGUGUAUCUAACACGCCGUCCGCAGACGUGCCCAGCUUGAACGAUCAGGUUGACAAGGUGCUUGCCUUGGCCCGGAAGCCGCUGCAGGAUCGCCAGGUCGGCUAUGUUGUCUCCCAGAAGUGGUUGCAGCGCGUAUGGGCACGCACACCUCAGUAUGCCGACAAGCAGCACGAGUUCAGCAAAUCUGCGUUGGAGGGCGAGAUUGGGGCUGUAGAUAACUCUGAUCUCGUUGAUACAGCCGCUCUGUCCGACGAUCUGGCCGACCAAAAAGGCGAGGAUUUUGUUCCGCUCCGUCCCGGCCUCGUGUACGAGCACGACUACGAGAUCCUCCCUGCCGAGGCGUGGGAGCUGGUCAUUACGUGGUACGGGGUCAAGGAGGGCACACCAGUAAUUCGACGUUAUGUCCACAACACUAGCUCGAAUGAGUUCUCGGAGAACCUCCAAUACGAAAUCUAUCCACCUAUUUUUACAAUUCGCAAAGUCCGCAAAACGUCACCUGCGACACACGAACCUGCCAAGAAACUCGUGGCAAGCAGAAGUGACAGCUUCACCGAGUUUAUUAGGGCGGCGAAGCAGGCUGCUGGUAUUUUGAAGGAAAAUGUCCGGAUAUGGAGACUACUCAAUCCAUCAACUACCGCCUCGGAUCAAGCGGCUCCUCAGUCAACCGGUAUCCUUACACCCGAAGCGUCCCCUCCUCCACCUGCGACUCUUUCCCUCGUCAUUGAUGCGGCUAGCUUGACUAGCCUAGACAUUGGCACUCAACGGGAGGAAGUGACUGGCAAGGAUGAGUUGGCCAACGAGUCGUUCAACGAUGAUCUGAAUCUCGGUGGAGCAGGGCUUGCAGAGGAUCAAAUACUCGUACUGGAGGAACAAGAUGAAAAUGGAGAAUACAUUACAGGAACGCUCUCAAAGCCUGCCAAAAAGAGUAACCUCAGCAACAAAACUGGUCUAUCGAAGAGCGCACCGAACAGCGGUCGAAGCACUCCAGCUCCGUUAGGUCCUAUGACACGGGGUCGAACCCGGAAUGGAAAGACACGAGGAACCACUGGCCUAACGAACCUGGGAAACACCUGUUACAUGAAUUCUGCUCUUCAAUGUAUCCGUAGUGUCGAAGAGUUAGCGAUCUAUUUCCUUGCUGGCGACUACAAACGCGAUAUCAACUCCGACAAUCCUCUCGGGCACGGUGGUGCCAUUGCCAAAACGUAUGCAGGUCUCCUUGCUUCGAUCUACGAUGAAGCUGGUCAGUCUUCGUUCGCUCCUAAGAAUUUCAAGAAUACUUUGGGUAGAGCUGCUCCGAUAUUUUCAGGUUAUGGGCAACAAGACUCGCAGGAGUUCCUGAGCUUUCUCGUGGAUGGUUUACACGAGGAUCUGAACAGGAUCAAAAAGAAACCGUACACCGAGUAUCCCGAGUCCGACGAUAACACUGUACACGACCCCGAAGCAAUAAAGGCGCUGGGCGACAAAUUCCGCGCUAUUCACCAUUCUCGAAAUGACUCGGUAGCCAUGGACCUGUUUAACGGCUUCUACAAGAACACCAUGGUAUGUCCCGAUUGCAACAAAGUUAGCAUCACUUUCGAUCCGUACAGCCUGGUCACUCUGCAACUACCUAUCGAACAAACAUGGCAACAUACUGUCAGAUUUGUUCCUCUUUAUGGGAACUUGUGGGAGGUUGAGGUCGAUAUCGACAAGAAUGCCACCAUCAAGCAAUUGAAAGAGUAUGUGGGUAAGCGGUUUGGUAUCACCGGGAAUCGCCUGAUGAUAUCAGAAGUCUACAGUCAUAAGUUUUACCGACACCUGGAUGACCAAGAUACCAUUGCGGAGUGCAAUAUCACUGCGCGGGACGAUAUAUUUGUCUUUGAACUCGAAGAUGUUCCGACCAACUGGCCUAGUCCCAAAAAGAAGAACAAAUAUACCUCGAACUUUUGGAGCAACGACUCUGACGUCGAUAUACCCAAGGCUGACCACGCGCACCAUGAUAAAGUCAUGGUACCUAUAUUCCAUCGUAGGCCUACGUCCACUUCAUAUCGAGCACAUGGUUGGGCGUUGGAUCUAUGGCCGUCGUACAUAUUGGUCAACCGUGCCGAGGCAAAGGACUACGAUGCUAUACUCAAGAAGGUCAUAGCCAAAGUUGCCCAGACGACUACUCGCGAUAUUCUUGCCGAAGGCAACACAUCAUUGGCAAAUUCCGGAUCUGGGUCAGAUGUGGUCGUGACGACGGAGGAAGACGCAUCUCCAAACGGCGAUCCUCGCAUCCAGGACGGAUCGGUUGAAGGUGAAGACAUGGUAGAAGUGACCAUGACUGAGCCCACAGAGACCCCCGCCGAAACCUUGAAAGCUAAUAACAACCUCCCUGAGGUGCUCCGAUCUGACAGCUUCCUCCCGCCUUCUUUCCGGAAUCUGUUCGAGAUGAAGUACGCACGUCCCGGCAAGGAGUAUGUUCCUACCGGAUGGAGCGGCCUCGAUGCCAACAAAAACUACGACCCUAUCUCGAAGCGCGUUCGUGUUCCUUCUACUCGCGCCUCUUCGGUCCAAUCCAUGGAGGCUGGUAGCGAUGCUACGUCGAGCGACGCAGAUGAAGAUGAGAACAUACAAUUCUCUGCCGAUGCCCAAAGCUCGAUAGAACUAGCGAACCAGAGCAGCGACGAGGACAUGCAACCAUCUAUCGAAGAGCCCCCUACUUUUUCGCGCGGUGGGCGACAAAAGAACAAGAAGUCGCGGAAAAUGACAAAGCAGGAGCGCAAGCACAUGCGGAACAAGAACUUCAACAAGGGCAAGAAAGGCAAAAACCCGUAUCAUAUGGAGCAGCCGUCCCAAUCGUACGAUGAGCCAGAGGAUGAAGAUGACGAGCGGUUAAUCAAGAUGGGCGAAUGCAUCAUUCUAGACUGGGAUUCUGAUGCCUGGGACGCUCUAUUCGGUGCCACUUCCUACGAAGAUUCACGAGGCAGAAAUGCCAUGAUUGAUGUAGAGACCUGGGAAGACAAGGAGCUUCAGGCAAAGAAGGCUAAGCGGGCUGCUCGAAAGAAGAAUGGUCUCACGUUGGAAGAAUGCUUCGCUGAAACAUCCAAGAGCGAGGUGCUUUCAGAAGAUAAUGCGUGGUACUGCAACCGCUGCAAGGAGCUUCGCCGCGCCACUAAGACAUUGGAGAUCUGGACUGCUCCCGACAUCCUUGUCGUACAUCUGAAGCGAUUUAGCUCACACCGUGUUUUCCGAGACAAGGUAGAUGCGCUUGUCGAUUUCCCUAUUGAAGGUCUGGAUCUAUCAGAGAGGGUUGGACUUCACGAAGGCAAGGACUUAGUAUACGAUCUUUUCGCGGUUGAUAAUCAUUAUGGCGGCCUUGGUGGAGGCCACUACACUGCCUACGCCAAGAACUUCUUCGACGGGCAGUGGUACGAGUAUAAUGACUCUAGUGUGUCGAAGAAAUCCAAUCCCAACCAAGUCAUCUCGACAGCCGCAUAUCUCCUUUUCUACCGCCGCCGCUCAGCCGGCCCUUUAGGUCCCCCCGAACUUCGAAGCAUCGUCAACAACUGGCGGAACCCCGACUCUGAAGCGGCCGGCGCCUCAGAAGAAGAGCCCACCUCCCGUAACGUCUCACCUUCGGGAAACGGCUUGCGCCUCGGCGGCUCGUCCCGCAAUGGGUCGUCGAGCGCUUUCGGAGCCGGGACCGCAGCGGUAGUCGGAGCCCUGCGCGGGGGUGGUUCGGCCUCGGCAGCCGGGAGCCUUCUGCGGAACGGAGUCGCAGCAGGGAACCUCGAUGAUGAGAACCCGCCGGACUACGAUGAAGGGUACGCGGAUGACGACAUUGCGGGCGCAUACCCGACAAAUCUGGAAGACGUAUACGCGCCGUUGCACAACCGGUUCAAUCAAGACGCUGACUGGAGCUUCAACAACGUCGACAGAGAUCGCGAGGAUGGUGACAGCGAUGCCGUAGCCUACGACGAAGAGGAUCGAGACCGUAUAGCGGAGGACUUUGGUGAAGAUAUGAGCUUUGCGCCUGGAAACAGCUCGCCGGCAGACAUGGAGCAUGUUACACCUGUACGAGUCGACGAUGCGGAGCUGGCCGAGAUUCGACUCAAGGAGGACUAG